CCUCCUCACACUCCCUCUAUCGCCAGGCAACAGCAGCGCAUGCCAGCAGCAGCGCUCCCGAUUCGGCGCCACCUCGAUCCCCAGUCCCCGUCCACACCACCCAAUCCUGCUGUGUUCUUGCUGCAGCCGUUGGUCUCCUGCUUUGUUCGGGUGCUAGCUGCCACGCGCGAUGCCUCCUAACGCCCAAGACGUGCACGGGAGCAGCGGCGGGCUCGCCAUGACAGCCCCGGCGGCGUCCAAGAUGGACUGCUUCUUAACCGCCGUCUGCACGCCGCUCAACCUCCAGUUCAUCGACGUGUCGUACCGUGUGAAGCAGACGGAGCGGUCCUCGAAGGCGGCGCCGGGCGGGCGGAUAUCGCACUCCGGUUCCGGCGCCGCGGCGCCGGAGGAGCGGACGAUCCUGAAGGGGAUCACCGGCGAGGCGCGGCCCGGGGAGGUGCUGGCGGUGCUGGGCCCGUCGGGGAGCGGCAAGUCGACGCUGCUGUCCAUACUGGGGGGCCGCCUGGCGGGGCACCACGGCGGGACGGUGCUGGCGGGCGGGCGGCCCCCGUGCCGCGCCGUGCAGCGGCGCACGGGGUUCGUGGCGCAGGACGACGUGCUGCACCCGCACCUGACGGUGCGCGAGACGCUGGCGUUCUGCGCCAUGCUGCGGCUGCCGCGGUCGGCGCCCGCCGCCGCCAAGGCCGCGGCGGCCGAGGCCGUGAUCGGCGAGCUGGGCCUGGGCGCGUGCGCCGACACCAUCGUCGGGAACGCCUUCGUGCGCGGCGUGUCCGGGGGCGAGCGCAAGCGCGUCAGCAUCGGGCACGAGCUGCUGGUGAACCCGAGCCUGCUGGUCCUCGACGAGCCCACGUCGGGGCUGGACUCCACCGCCGCGGCGCGCCUCGUGGCGACGCUGUCGGCGCUGGCGCGGAAGGGGCGCUCCGUCGUCCUGUCCGUGCACCAGCCGUCCUCCCGCGUCUACCGCAUGUUCGACUCCGUGCUGCUGCUCGCCGAGGGCAGCUGCCUCUACUUCGGCGCCGGGCGUGACGCCAUGGACUACUUCGCGUCCGUCGGCUUCGCGCCGGGAUUCCACGUCAACCCGGCCGACUUCAUGCUCGACCUCGCAAAUGGUUUCGCCCAGGCAGACUACAAUGCCGUCACAACACAACAGCAAGGCGGCAGCAGCGUGAAGCAGUCGCUCAUCUCGUCCUACAACAAGGUGCUGGCCCCGAGGGUGAAGGCCUCCGUCGUGGCCGCGGAGCCGCCACCGCCGCCGCACGUGCAGAGCGGCGGCGAGGCGGCGGAGAGCUGCAGCACGAGCUGGUGCAACCAGUUCACGGUGCUGCUCCGGCGCAGCCUCAAGGAGCGGCGGCACGAGGCGUUCGCGUCGCUGCGCGUGUUCCAGAUCAUGGCGCCGGCGCUGGUGGCGGGCGCCAUGUGGUGGCGCUCGUCGCCGCUGGCGGUGCAGGACCGCCUGGGCCUGCUCUUCUUCGCCUCCAUCUUCUGGGGCGUCUUCGCCUCCUUCAACGCCGUGUUCGCGUUCCCGCAGGAGCGCCCGGUGCUGGCCCGCGAGCGCGCCUCGGGGAUGUACGCGCUCUCGUCCUACUUCCUGGCCCGCACCGCGGGGGACCUGCCCAUGGAGCUCGCCCUGCCCACCGCCUUCACCGUCGUCGUCUACCUCAUGGCGGCGCUCAACCCGUCCCCCGUCGCGUUCGCGCUCACGCUCGCCGUCGUCCUGGCCUACGUCCUCGUCGCCGGCGGCCUCGGCCUCGCCGUCGGCGCACUCAUGAUGGACGCCAAGCGCGCGUCCACGCUGGUCACCGUCAUCAUGCUCGCAUACCUCCUCACCGGCGGCUUCUACGUGCACAGCGUGCCGCGGUUCAUGGUCUGGACCAAGUACACCUCCUUCACCUACUACUGCUACCGCCUGCUCAUCGCCGUGCAGUACAGCGGACACCUCAAGCGCCUGCUCCCACCGGAGGCCGUCCACGGCGAGGUUGGCCCCGGGGCCUGCGUCGCCGCGCUCGUCGCCAUGUUCUUCGGCUACCGCCUGCUGGCGUACGUCGCGCUGCGCCGCGUCAGGAAAUGAUCCAUCUGAUGAUCUCAACGCGCCGUCGGCAGUCGCUGUAGCUAGCUAGGGAAGUGUCCAUUAACUAUUGCAUGCGUGCGCCUUGGCCCAGCCGGUAAGGCCACCAAAAUUCUCAAUUCGUGGAGAGCAUACUGAAUUGCUCCGGCUUCCAUUCCAUCAGAGUGCGAAAGCUGAAAGCCAUUGUUCGUUCUACCAUGUGUCCAAGUUCUAACUUCUAGGC